CAAAAAAAUUUUAAGCAAUUGUACCCUUAAUUUUUUGUAAGCAGUUCUUUCUGUAUUGUAUUGUGAUGCCAGAGAUUUGAUGAGCAAUGGUAUCUUAGCAAACUGAAAGCCUUUGUAUGCAAAUUUUGAUGACUCACACGCUAGGAAAUCUUGUAAAGUAUACCUGGACUUAGUUGCUCCAGAAAGAACACUAUAUUAUCCAAGAACGAAUUUUGUUAUCAUUUCUACUGGUGUUAAAUAAUAGGUCAACACAGAUGUCAUGGUCCGUCAGAUGAGAUCUGAGUAACUGAAGUGAACCGUUUUAUUGAAUUUAAGUUAUUCUUGUUUCCCAUUGCAACUGACUUGCAUUGUUUUGGUUCCAGUUAAAGCAUGCCUGCCUGAGUCCCUUUUGCUCAUGCGCAGAAUUUUAGAAAUUAUAACACAGUGAUUUCAUCUGUGGUAGAUGUACAUGAUCAAGCUCUCCAACAUUGUGGGCAUUGACCCCAAGCCAUUUGAUCCAAGCACCUAUGUUGCACAGGACUUCUAUACAACAGACAAGUCUGGAGCUAGAAGACGUAUCCUUCCAAAUAAUAUCGUUCGCUGGAGGAAUGUCAAAAAUCCUGAUGGCACAACUACUGUUGAAAGCAAUUCACGCUUUGUAAUAUGGGACGAUGGUAGUAUGCAGUUAUUAAUUGGAGAGGAAUCAUUUGACGUCUCUGAGCAAGACAUACAUGACAUGCAAACACACCUUUUCUCUGUACAUGAUAAGGAAAUUCUCCAAUGUGAAGGGAGAAUCAGAAAGAAGAUGCAUUUUAUGCCUUCCUCCCUGACUUCUGCUCCCCAUCGAACAUUGUCUGCUCUUGUUGAUGCAAGAGAUAAAAAAGCGAUCAAAGUCAGAAGUUGCAUUGCUGAGAUCGACCCUGAGUGGGAGAUCAAGCAUAAAAAGAAGGCGGAAAUGAAAAUAAACAAAGCCAAUAAACAACGUGGUCGGAAGAAGGGGAAAGUGAUUCAUAAGCAUAAACAACCUGUCAACAGGGAGAAUCAUCAUCUGCUACCUAAUAUCCUGGAGGAUGCAAACGAUAAGAAAACUAAUCAAGAUUUUCACCAGCUGCGACUGUCUGCUUCCCAAUGCCAAUUCGAGGGAAAUCUGGAGAACAAAGCUGGAACAGGGAUCCACCAUUUCAGUGCAAAGGAGGCAAGUCAUUCAGUGAGGCCCUCUCCCCCUCUUCAGGGGGGCACUUUUCAGGUGCCAAAACAUUUUCCCAGGUUUGUAUUUUCAGCUGCGAGUUCAUCACAACAGCCCAUAGACUUGUUUGGAAGUAAAGAAAAGAAGUCUAGUUACAAUUGCGAAGGCAAAGAAUAUGAUGGUUCAUCAUCAGACAGAAGGUCUAGGGAGAAAAAGCAUAACUGUGAGGAAGAGGCUAAUGAAAAUUCAGGAGACAAGUCUGUGGUGAACGACAAUUUUUCUAAAACCAUGUUCUUUUCCAGCCUCUAAUGCAUGGAAGAGACAGAAGAAAUGCUCUAGAAUGUUCUCUACAUUUGCUAUUGCUCUUUCUUGGAAAAAUGACGAGUUUGUUUUCACUCAGUUGUUUUGUGCAAAAUUGAAACAUACAUGUUUGUGACUCUGAAGAUCCUUAAAUGUGUCCUUUAUUAACGUUAGCUGCUAAAAAUUUCAUUGUUCCUUCUUCGAUAAAGGCAAAUGAGGUAAUAAUUUUGAUGUUUUC